AUGAUCACCGAAGCCAUCUCAGCCAACACCGAAUGGUUGGCGUCGUACCGGCCAGUCCGUCAAUAUGAGCAUAUGGCUACAGCGGCAGAAAAUAUUGUUGAUCGAGUUAUCAAAGUUAUGAAUGAGACGCGCGAAAUGUUGCACUGGCAUGCGAACAACGGGAAAAAGCUGCGCAAGCUGAAACGCUACCUUGGAAAGAAUGACAAGUUUGACAAGAACCUGCGCCGCGCACUUGAGCUACAUGACCAGUGGGCUGGGGGCUUGACCGAAGAGCUCAAGGAAUUGACCUCAUGGCGCGAUGAAUGUGUGCCUGUCGGUCUCGCCCACGCUGCUCGUGAGCGACGCCGCAAUGAACAAUCCUCAAAGUCUCGUUAA